AUGAUCUGCCAACGUUCUCCGCUCUUCCACGUCGUCAUGGUCUGGUCCAUUGCCACUGGCCUAGCUCUCGGUCGACGGUACAUGCGUCCAAGCCCCGAUCCGGCAACGUCCAAGCUCAUGUCCGUCGGGACCUACAGUCGGUUCGUGGACAAGUCCCGGAAGGAGGAGAUCCAACAGCUCGAGCGCAUUUACUGUCGCGGGGACUUGCUCCAUGAAGUGCAGACACAGGAGCUCUUUUUCGACAGCAAGACGUUUGUGGACAUGCCCAUUAAAAACACGUCGUCGGUGGACGAAGUGCUGACGAAAUUCCAGGACCUUAAAGCCAGUUUCGGGGACAACCAGUUGGAAGGCAAAGCGUGGAAAACGAGCCUCGCGGGGUUUGUGGACCAGCACUUUGACCCGCCUGGAGCAGAGCUCGUGCCGAUCGUUCCUCCAGAUUAUCAAGAUGGAGAGAUGCCGCUGGGGAUCGAGCAGAUUCGAAAUGAGAGUCUCCGGGAUUGGGCCAUGGAGCUUCACAAGCUCUGGACGGUGCUCGCUCGCGUCCCAGUGUCUGUCUCGGCAGCUCAAAAGCCCAAGAGCUCAUUUCUCUACGCACUUCCAAUUGCUCCGGCUUCGGACGAGUCGGUGGAUGCUUUUGCACGGCAGUUUAAUGGAGAGAAUGUGCUGGUGGUGCCUGGUGGUCGCUUCCGGGAGAGCUACUACUGGGAUACUUACUGGAUUGUCCAGGGACUGUUGAUCAGCGGGCUGCAUCAAACAGCUCGUGGAGUCGUGAACCAUUUGCUGGAAUACGUCGCCGAGUUUGGCUUUGUUCCCAACGGGGGACGCAUCUACUAUCUUACACGUUCGCAGCCACCUAUGCUUUCGGACAUGGUGAGACUUGUUGCAAAGCUGGACGGUAACAAUGCUUCCGAUGAAGACGCCAGCGUGUGGGAUCUUCAUUAUUUGCGUGCUGCAUUGCCUUUGCUUGAGCGUGAGUACGAAUUCUGGAUGCGUCAAGGUGAUCACGGCCAUGCUGUCGAGAUCGAGAUUACUGGAUCGACGGCAAACAAGACGUUCGUGCUUAACCGCUACGACGCGUCUGCUGGUGUGCCGCGACCGGAAUCGUACCGUGAGGACGUUAGCACAGUGUCUGCUGCUGUCACGGAGCAUCCGAAAACUGUUGACAGGGCUUCUGUCUACAACGAAAUCAUUGCUGCAGCAGAAAGCGGUUGGGACUUUACGAGUCGCUGGUUUGGUGACUAUUCUACGCUCAAGACAGUUCGCACCUCCCGCGUGAUUCCGGUGGAUCUGAAUUCGAUCAUGCAUCGAGUAGAGCUCAAUCUCGCGAUGUUCCACGAGAUACUGGGAGACUCUGUCCGUUCAGCCCGAUUCACUGAAGCAGCGAACGAUCGGGUGAGGGCAAUGGACGCUGUGCUAUGGAGUGAGCCAGAUGGAUGCUGGAAGGACUAUUUGCUGGAUUCUCGCGAGCAUUCUAAGGUGGUAUCCGCGUCCGACUAUUCACCGUUGUGGGGAGGAGCCUUUGAUGCCUCCGAUUCAUCUCGACUGGAUAAGAUCGUGGCGUCUUUGGAGACGUCCGGACUGCUGCAGGUGUGUGGCGUCCAAACGACGACUUUCACCUCGGGCGAGCAAUGGGACGCGCCUAAUGCUUGGCCACCGUUGCAAGAUAUCAUCAUUGAGGGUCUGUUAGUGGCAGGCACUGCACGAGCGCAGGUGCUGGCGAAGCAUCUCGUGAAGACUUGGGUGAUGGCUAGUUUCGUGGCAUGGCAGAACACCGGUCUGAUGUUUGAAAAGUACGAUGCUCAACAACUUGGUGGAGUCGGUGAUGGCGGCGAGUACACUCCGCAGUUUGGUUUUGGCUGGUCCAACGGCGCAAUGCUGACUUUCCUAACAAAGUACCAGGACCAUCUGGACAACAGCGACGGGAUUGUGUGCGGAAACGGUUCGACAGACUGA